UACAUGUAUCUGCCGCCUACCGCGCUGUCGCAUGGAUCACACAUACAUAUGCUAUAUAUACGUGCCCAAAUCCAACCGAAGGCAUCAGUCCGUCACCCAUUCACCACAAUUUUACAAGCUCUGGUUUUCUAGCUCUGCAGCUGCUGCACACAAGAUAAUUCAGCAAGCUCCAAGAAGCUUGGCAAUAGUCUCCUCCUCUGCUUAGUUAUCUCCCCUUCCAGCAGACGGCAUGGCAACAAGCAAGCUUGCGCUCGUGGCCGUGAUGGCAGCAGCCGUCCUCCUGGGCAUGGCGUCGGCGGCGACCUACAACGUCGGCGAGCCCAGCGGGUCCUGGGACCUGCGCACAAACUACGGCACCUGGGUCUCGUCCAAGAGGUUCCACCCGGGUGACCAGAUCGUGUUCAAGUACUCACCCCAAGCGCACGACGUGGUGGAGGUGAGCAAGGCGGACUACGACUCCUGCUCCAACGCGAAUCCCAUCGCCACCCACAACUCCGGCAACGACGCCAUCGCCCUCGCCUCCCCGGGCACCCGCUACUUCAUCUGCGGAUUCCCUGGCCACUGCACCGGAGGCAUGAAGAUCCAGAUCGACGUCGUGCCCAGCGCCAACUCCCUCGCCCCCGCCGGCGCUCCCUCCGCUAACUCUCCCGUCUCUCCCCCGCCAGCGCCCGCUUCCGCCGCUACGAAGGCCACCGGUUUCGGCGCCCUCGCCGCCGUCAUGAUCGCCGCAGGCCUUAUGGCUUACUAGAUACUCUGUUAAUUGCUUUCUGCGUAUAUUUAGUUUUCCUAUGUUGAACAUUUGUAUUCUUUUGAGUUCGCACGACAUACAUGUAUAUACGUAUACAUAGAUGAGACAGUGCCAGCAUAUAUAAAUAUACUCCUACAUUUAAUUACGAGAAAAAAUCACUGGUGGCUGAAGGUGUCAUCUAGGUCUGAACUUUCAAAGUGAUAUAUGUAGGUUUCUAAAUUUGGUAGAGGGUGUCAUUAAGUCCUUAAACUUUUAAGGUGAUCAGAGGUUCUUAAACUUGGUAAAUAUUAUCAUCCAGGUCCCUAAA